GUUGUGGUAAUGAGUGGUGAGAGAAUAGAUACUUGAUCAUCAGUUGAAGAAAAAGCCAUAACAGGGGUAAACAUUGAGAAUGAAUUAAUAACACCUCCAAUUGUUAUCACAAAGAAAACACCAAAGAUGGCUAAUCAAUGUUUAAUUAAAGUUAAUGAAGGUGGAGAAAAGUUCCCCUCUCCUUGCAUUUCUCAAGCAAAUCUUCUGAACGAGGAUAUAAAAACUCUUGAAGACAUGAAUGAUAUGAAAUAAAGAAAUUAUUAAUAUAAGCACUACUGAAUCUCCAAUAUCAAUAAAGAGACCUCCCACCUCAAGAUUUCCUUUUAGGAAUAUGAUGUUAAGUAAGGAAAAUCUUCGAAUAAAAAGAAAUUUUGAUAUGCAAGUAUUUCAUAAAUAAACCGAGACCAAGAACUGCAAGAUUCAAAAGAAAAGUACCUAAAAAUACUAAAUGCUGCACUAUAUUCCCCACAGCUAAGAAAUCGCCUGAUGACUUUGAAAGAUAUGUGAUGAAACUAAAAAGAAGAAAAGAAAGAAAGAAGAUGAUUAAUGCAAGAGACAAAACCAAAGCUACUGACACCAACACUGAAUUGACUUGGAUAAAUAUAUCUUCCAAGACGAGAAACACAAUUCUUCCUUUCGCUUACGAUCAGAAGAAAAGAGUCAGCAUGAGCAGACCUCAGACAGCUUUCAGAAGAGGAUCUUGAGAGACUAUUUAUAGGGACCAAGUUAAAAGAGCUGUGCAGCUUAAAACUCUCUCCUCUCACAAUACAACCAAGAACAUUGGUGAUACUCUUAGAGACUUCUAUCUUUCCACACAAAAUAAUCCAAGGAAGUCAAGGAGGACUAAAAAGAAGUCAAAGAAACAAAAUCUAGUAAAAAUCAAGGACAGUUGUGCAAUAGGCAAGGCACCUUUCUUGUCAAAUCUGCACCCAAAAAUGAAGCAGGCACCAAAGACCACUAAAUUGAAGAAAAUUCUGACCUAAAAUACGAAAAAUU